AUGUCUGCAAGCCAAAAUGCGCCCCCUAGAGCUCAUCGAAGAGUUGUGCGGGAUGUUCCCAUUGUUCGACAACCAGGACUUAACGUCACAGGUGACGUUGCAUCUCAAUAUUGUAUGGAAUACACGUACUUGCCUCUUUGUGGUGCGGAAAAAUCUCAUCAAGAAUAUACCGAUGGUGUUGUUUUCAGAGACGAGACUAUGGGAGUACAAAAGUCUACCACACGACGAUACAAGCUUCCACCUGUUAGACCCCCAAGGGAGUUGCUCAUGUCAGAUCCAGAGCCAACGCCACUUGCUACCACCACUCCCCCCUCUGCAUCAUCGACUGUCGCAAGAGCUACAUGUGCUACUGUGGGACCUUUGGUCAAUGAACAGGACUCAAAAACCGUUGUGAAGGAUGCUAAGAACUAUGUAGUUGUAGAAACACUAAAUAAUCAAACGACUGUCGUAGGACGUGCACUUACUGAUGCGUGUUCGCUCAUUAUCACCAAAGAUAGCUUGAGAAAACUUUGGGUUGACGAAAAUCUAUCUGCACUAUACAAGACCAUCAUUACGCCGAUGUCUACAAUACUCAAUCGCUUCAAGCAAUCUGUGCAAGACCUUGUUGAAAUUCUAUACAGCCUCCAACUAUCGAUUUGGACCGACUUGACGGCCCAGAUUAACCACACUAAAUCAACUGUCACAUUUCUGAUUCGCGAUGACAGUCUCAAUUAUAUAUUUGGCAAUUCAGUUAUGACAGUAGUCUCGACAAUAUCAUGGCAUUGUCUGCAACGGCUGCAUGCUGCAGCCUGCACGAGUUCUCGACUGGUGGAAAUCACUUCAGUCACCCCUGUUAAAGUGGUAUUCCCAGGCAAUGCAGGUUAUAUCCUGGGCCAAUUCAACACUUUCCCCACGAAGCCUGGGCCUGCUGGGCCAAUGGGGUGUCAGGGGUCAUUUCUCAUGAAAAAUUACCCACACAUUUAG